AUGGCUCCUUCGAAGAAAGUCGUGAAAAAGAAUACGCUGCCAUUAGAAACGCUGAUUCGCAGAAGAAAUAAUAUUCUGGGAUCUGCUAAAUUGAUCCAGGAGUUUGAUUCCAAUUACAUUGUGGAACAAGCGAAUCAAGUUCCAGUGCGAAUCGAGCGUUUAGAUGAGCUAUGGGAUCGCUUCGAAAGCGUCCAGGAAGAAAUCGAGCUAAUGGAAGGUGAAGAAGAAGUGUUCGCAGAAUCUCGACAAACAUUUCAGACUCUGUACUAUGAGCUGAAAGCAUCUCUUAAUAGUAAAAUUCCGAGAUCUGCAUCACCUGUCCUUAGCCGAAGAAUUCCCGAAAGUGUUGUGCCCCCUGUGAACCCCACUCUGUCCGUGAAACUUCCUGAACUAAAACUCCCUGAAUUCCACGGGAAUCCCGAAGAAUGGAUCGAGUUCAGAGAUCUUUUCAAAUCAGUGAUCCAUAUGAACAAUCUGAUAACUCCUGUGCAAAAAUUGCACUAUUUGCGUGGUUCCUUGAAGGGUGAAGCCUCUCGUAUCAUAUCCUCAAUCGCGAUCUCUGCCGACAAUUACGCGAUUGCGUGGAAAGCUAUUUGUGAUCGAUACGAGAACAAAAACUUUCUCAUCAAGCGUCAUAUGUCAGCCAUUUUGAAAAUCCCCGCAAUUAGGCGGGAAUCUGCCGUUGGGUUGGCUGAGCUAGCUGAUGAGUUCAACCGACACGUGGGAAUUCUCGAUAAGUUGGAGCAGUCUAGUGAACACUGGAACUCAUUCCUCGUUGAGCAUUUGAGUACCUUACUCGAUGAAAAGUCCCUUAUGGAAUGGGAAACACAGUGCCAAGAACAGGAAUCUCCCACUUACUCCCAGUUGUAUGAGUUCAUCCAUAAGAGGUCUCGAAUGCUCCAAAAGUGUAAAGUGGUAACCAAUACAAACACAAGUGUGCAAAUGAAGAACACUAGAGGAAAAUCCUCUGCAUCUCAUGUCGUGUCGGAAAAUGUCGUGAAGUGCCUUAGUUGUAAGCAGGCACAUCAACUCUCGCAGUGCCCCACUUUUCUCAAGCUUACUCCGAACUCUCGCCUAGACUUUAUCAAAACCCAUCGUCUUUGUAUUAAUUGCUUGAGAAGUGGGCACUUAGCGAAAGACUGUCGCAGUAGUGUGUGUAGAAGUUGUGCCAAGAAACAUCAUACAUUGCUUCAUCUCCCCCCUCGAAACUUUAAUGGCACAACUUCUGAAGAAGUAAGUGAAAGUGAGACUCCACAAACCUGCAUAGCUGUAUCGACUGCUGCGACUACCAACACAUCAUCAGCACAAUCGUUCUCGGUAUCGCGAGCACCGCCGGUGGUGCGAUCGUGUCCGUCAAAUUCGUCGUCGCCGGUUACCCACACCCGAUCGAGUGGUGAAUCGUCGUUUGGGUUGCUCUCACGGUCGGGAGAGCAGGUUGUCGAAUGCCCUCCUCUCGCGUCGCAGAAAUAUUCGUCGUCAUUCGAAAAUGAAUCACAUUCCCCCCAAGAACAGCCCACAUCACUCACACAAGUCGCUUCUCCGGAAAAUGCCACUAUAUUCCUAUCUACCGCUCUGGUGCGAAUAUUGGAUCGCCACGGUAAUUAUCACCUCGCACGCGCUUUACUCGAUAGUGGAUCGCAAUCAAAUUUUAUAUCCGAACCGUUAUGUCAACGUUUGGAUUUGAAGCGCAACAAAAUCAACUUACCCAUCUGCGGUAUCGGACAAGCAACAGUUAAUGUCCAUUACAAAGUGCAUGCAAAAAUCACUUCUCGUUUUAACCAAACCGAAUUUACGCUCGACUGUCUCGUUUUGCCAAAACUAACGGUUUGCUUGCCCAGUCGAAACGUUAAUAUUUCUGACUGGAAAAUUCCUCGCAACAUUUCUCUCGCUGAUCCAAAGUUCAAUAUCACCCACGGAAUUGAUCUGUUAAUUGGCGCUGAACUAUUCUUCUCGCUUCUCGAAUCGCACCAAAUCCUCCUUGGCGAAGGACUGCCAUUGUUACAGCGCACAGUUCUGGGGUAUGUAAUUUCCGGAAAAUCGAUUUCCCAAUCCGUGAACACCUCGAUAUGCAACACCGCCAUAAUGCAGCCACCGGACUUAAACGAACAACUCGAACGAUUUUGGCAAGUGGACAAUUUCGACGUCGGAAAAGCGUUAACCGCGGAUGAAAAGGAGGUAGAAACGCACUUCGAAAAAACGUUUUCGCGGAGUAACGACGGCCGAUAUGUCGUUCGACUACCUCUUCGCGAAGAACUAGUUCCAUUGUUGGGUGACUCAUACAGCACAGCCGUUCGUCGGUUUUUGCUAUUAGAGAAGAGGCUGUCAGCUGAUCAGCAAUUGCGAGAAGAUUACGAGAAGUUUAUGCAGGAGUAUGUGAUGUUGGGCCAUAUGGAAGUGUGCCGUCGCGUCGCGGGCCCGCAGUUCUUUCUUCCGCACCAUGCAGUGCGACGCCCUGAUAACACCACCACCAAAACACGAGUCGUGUUCGAUGCCAGCUGCAAGGCAUCGGGUCAGCUGUCCCUGAACGACGUUCUCCACACAGGCCCGACGGUACAACCGGCUCUUCUAUCUACAGUUGUCAACUUUCGAAAGCCGGAGUAUGUCUUUACAGCAGACAUAGAAAAAAUGUUUCGCCAAGUAUGGGUGCAUCCAGACGAUCGAAAAUAUCAACAGAUCAUUUGGCGAAAAGAUCCCUCCUUACCCCUCCAAGUCUACCAACUCAAGACUGUAACAUACGGUCUAGCCAGUUCACCGUAUCAUGCUGCGCGCGUUCUCAACCAGCUUGCCACCGAUUAUCGUCAUGAUCACCCCCUCGCCGCCUCAAUUGUAAAGCAUCGAACGUACGUGGAUGAUACUUUAGCUGGAUAUGAUGAUUUAGCCGAAGCAACCGAAGCCUGUCGUCAACUUGUGGAGAUGCUGAAAAUAGCUAGUUUUACUUUGCGCAAGUGGUGUAGCAAUCAUCCAAAGGUUCUCGAAUAUGUCCCCGAAGAGCUUUGGAAUCAUUCGUCGCAGACCGAGAUCGGUCGGUCUACAACAACAACAAAAACUCUUGGCCUUUUGUGGAACCCCCAAACAGAUACAUUCAGCUUUAAAAUUCCGUCGUUGUGUACUGCCAAACCAGUAACGAAACGUAUGGUAGUAUCCGAAAUGUCGCAAUUGUAUGACCCCAUGGGUCUCGUCGGGCCUGUAGUAGUCAACUGUAAAGUGUUCGUGCAACGACUAUGGGCUGCAAGUGUCGAGUGGGAUGCUCCACUUUCCGAAGACGAUCGCUCCUGGUGGAAUGAAUUUCGUGAUGGUAUACAAGAUCUCCAACGUCUCUCCAUCCCCCGUCGUGUUUUGGCUAACGUCGAUAAUGAGUUCACAUUGCAUUGUUUCUGCGAUGCGUCGGAACGUGCCUAUGGAUGCUGUGUGUAUGUGGUAAGCAAGGGAUCAGAUGAUCGCACUCAUAGCCAGCUGUUGAUCGCUCAGUCUCGCGUCGCACCUCUUCGCAAUCUGACCAUUCCGAGACUUGAGUUGUGUGCGGCAGUUCUAGCCAGCCAGAUGAUGGAGAAACUACGGACAACAACAGAAUUCGAUGGACCAACGGUGUUUUGGUCCGACUCAACUGUCGUGCUACACUGGAUUCGAUCUCCGCCCCCAGAUUGGAAACCCUUCGUCUCGAAUAGAAUUGCCGAAAUACAGAGGUCAACAAAAAACUCCCAGUGGAGACACAUUCGCACUGAUGUCAACCCAGCCGAUAUCCUUUCUCGAGGGGCAUGGCCCUCCCAGAUUCUCGACAAUGAUCUUUGGUGGCAUGGACCUGACUUUCUCGUGGCCGCUCCGGAGUUCUGGCCACCCGUUCUUCCAAUUGCCAAUCUCCAGUCAGUGGACCGAGACGAAAUAAAUAUCGAAAAGCGUCAACGUUAUACUGUCGCAAUGUUGGCUACUGCAAUAGAUGACUCGUUGCUCUUAAGAUUUUCCGAACUCAGCCGACUGCUGAAGGUCGUAGCCUGGUGCCUUCGUUUCUACCACAAUUUUCGCCUGCCAGUUGGUUUUCGUCGUGUUGGAGUUUUGACUCCAUCGGAAAUUGAAGACGCAUUGAAAGCGUUGAUACGUCUCGAACAAGCUAGUGGCUUCCAAGCAGAGCUCCAUCAAGUGCAAGUGAGUAAACAAUCAAAUACACCCUUAGAAAUUCAUGCCAAAUCGCCUCUUAAGGGCAUGAAUAUUCUUUACGACAGCGAAGGAUUUUUACGUUUGGACGGUCGAUUGCGCAAUUUGAACAAAUCGUUCGAUUCCAAACACCCAUACAUUCUCCCAGCCAACGGGAAACUAAGUUUGCUGCUGGCACGAUCAUUGCAUCUGCAAACUGCUCACUCAGGACCAUCUCUCCUACUCGCAACGAUGAGGCAGCGCUUUUGGCCCUUGCAAGGCCGAAUCCUAGUCCGCAAGAUAGUCAGAAAUUGCGUGACUUGUUUUCGCUGUCGACCAACACUAGCACACCAACAAAUGGGUCCUCUACCGGCAGUGCGACUUACUCCAGCUCGAGUAUUUUCCAGAUGUGGUCUGGACUACUGCGGGCCAUUUAACGUUCGUCCGUUGUACGGGAGGGGGGCAAGCCUAAAAAUGUACGUCGCGGUAUUCGUUUGCCUUUCGGUUAAGGCAGUUCAUUUCGAAAUCGUUCCGAAUCUAACGUCGUCUGCGUGUAUAAAUGCGAUCAAACGGUUCGUGGGUCGCCGCGGUCGGUUACUCGAAUUGCAUUGCGACAAUGCAACCACCUUCGUCGGCGCUAACACCGAAAUAAAGGCAAUUCGUCAGCAGUACUUGCAGCAGUUCCGCACGAAUCAAUGGGACAACUAUUGUGUUGAUUCGGGCAUCUCGUUCCACUUCAUUCCGGCUCGAUCCCCACAUUUUGGUGGACUGUGGGAGGCGGGGGUGAAGUCAUUCAAAUACCAUUUCCGUCGCAUAUUCGGAGGACGAUCGUACACCUACGAUGAGUUCUCGACAGCUGUAGGCCAGAUAGAAGGUACCCUCAACUCUCGGCCUCUCAUCCCCCUCACAGACCACCCCGACGACCUUGAAGUGAUGACGCCAGGACAUUUCAUCAUUGGGGAACCGCUGUUCUCAAUCCCCGAGCCCGAAAUAGCAGAACCGGUGAAAAAGCUGACUAGACUACAAGAAACACGUCGAUUCCAACAACAACUCUGGAAGCGCUGGUCCAGAGAUUACGUUAGCCAACUUCAACAGCGAUCCAAAUGGCGACAGGCGGUCAAAAAUGUCGACGUGGGAAAUCUCGUUCUUCUGCGACACGACAAUCUACCCACGUACCAAUGGAACCUCGGCCGAGUAGACGAAACGAUCAAAGGCGAAGAUGGGCUGGUGCGCGUAGUGCUGGUCCGAACUGCGCGUGGUGUGUUCCGCCGAGCUGUUACCGAAGUCUGCGUGCUGCCGGUCGAUACUGCUGACGGUGACGACAUCGAUGCUGACGAAGCUGGAGACAAAGGAGGUGCUGCUGAUCAAGAAGGUUGA